GCGAAACCAUCACAACAGAAUCAUUUGAAAAUAAACAAGAACCUAGAAACACGUGCGGAGUAUUUUCUGCGCUCUCUCGGCUGAAAGAGUUGGCUCCCCUUUCAGGAUAUCUUGGCUGAUUGGACCAUAUGUAUGUUGUUUACAUACUUGAGCACAGUGAACAAGAGUCUAGGGCUGAGUUGGCGGCGUGACGAGCAUCCUAUCUGCCGCCGUCACCGCUGUGGUUUUCUGGCUUGUUUUCCAGACAAUACCAACAAUGUGCUUUACGACUAAGCCGGCCAAAGGGAGGCCGCCUGCAUCUGGGGGCAGGAAGCCCAAGGAGAUGAGAUGAGAGGGAGGAGGGGAUAAGAACAGAGAGGUAAUUGUGUGUAUAUAUAAGAGUGAGGUAACCUAGCUGAGCGGCAGAGGCAGAGCGGGCAGGACAGGGAGAUGUGUUCUUGGGAUGGGAAGAAUGGGGAAAAAAAGUGAAGAAAGUGUAGCUGGAUUCUGGAGAGUCAAAGGAAUGAGGCAAGUCGGAAAGUGUGUGUGUGUGGGAAAAACAGAAUAAUGGAGCAGCAAGUGCCAGCAUGGAGUUGAGUAAGAAGUGUUUGUAAAGUGUACUUGGAAAGGAAAGAGGGGUGAGCAUAUCCUCCCCUCUGUCCCUUCUCGCAAGUCGAGCCAGGCUGUACCAGAGCCAGGAAAAGGGGAAGGGCCUCCAUCUCUUUUUCUGGCUGACAAAAACAGCUGCCCGGAGCCCGAUUGAGAGGCUUUGCAAAGGACCAGGAAGACGAAGACCAGUGGUGAAUAGGAAGGGGAGACAUCCCCGAGGUCAGGACCCGUCCACCUACAUGGGUUGCAUCCUGAGUUCGGAUUGGUGCGGGGAGGACGUGGUGGCAGCGGUGCCGUUGGUCAGGAGCCCGUCCCAGAGGAGUCGCAGCCUGGACAGGAGUGACAGUGGCAGGAUGAAGCUGAUGAAGUCGGGGAAGGGGGAGCCUCAUGUCUUCAAGGAGAAGACCUUCAAGAAGCGGCGUCAGUGUACCGUGUGUCACCAGAAUGUGGACAACGUGGGCUCCUUCUGCCGAGUAUGCAAGACAGUCACUCACAGGAAGUGCGAAAGCAAGGUGACCACAGCAUGUAUCCCAGCUCCUGCCAAUGACCUGCAACGCAGAGGGACAGCUCCGUCUCGAAAUGCCCAGCACCUGGGCUCCACAAAGUCUUUGACUUACACCAAGCAGAGGAACACCCUGCCAAGGAGCUUCAGUGCGGACCGUGUGAUGGAGCGAGUGAUGGAGCGCCAUUACGACUUUGACCUCACCUACAUCACAGAGAGGAUCAUCUCCGUCUUCUUCCCACCCAAGCUGGAGGAGCAGCGCUACCGCCUCAACCUGAAGGAGGUGGCCGCCAUGCUCAAGUCCAAACAUCAAGACAAGUAUCUGCUCCUCAAUCUCUCCGAAAGGCGCCAUGAUAUGAGCAGACUAAAUCCAAAGGUUCAUGACUUUGGCUGGCCUGACAUGCACGCUCCCCCGCUGGACAAAAUCUGCGCCAUAUGUAAGGCCAUGGAGACCUGGCUGACCUCUGAUCCCCAGCACGUGGUGGUCCUGCACUGCAAGGGUAACAAAGGCAAAACAGGAGUGAUCAUUGCAGCCUACAUGCACUAUAGCAAGAUCUCAGCAGGGGCGGACCAAGCUCUCAGUACUCUUGCCAUGAGGAAGUUCUGCGAAGAUAAGGUGUCCACUUCUCUCCAGCCAUCCCAAAACAGAUAUAUCUAUUACUUUGGAGGUCUUCUGUCAGGAGCCAUCAAGAUGAACAGCAGCCCACUCUUCCUCCACCAAGUUCUCAUCCCGUCACUACCCAACUUCCAAGGAGAAGGAGGUUACUAUCCCUUCCUAAAGAUCUACCAGUCCAUGCAGUUGGUCUACACUUCAGGCAUAUAUGACCUUCAAGGAAGCGGGGGAAGGCGACUGUGCGUGACCAUCGAACCAGCACUAUUGCUCAAAGGUGACAUCAUGGUCAAAUGUUACCACCGACGAGCCCAAAGUGCUGACAGGGACAAUGUGUUCAGGCUCCAGUUCCACACUUGCACCAUCCAUGGAGCCCAGCUAUGGUUUGGCAAAGGAGAAUUGGACGACGCUUGUACAGAUGAACGUUUUCCAUUGGAUGCCACAGUGGAGUUUGUCUUUUCCUCUGGACCUGAGAAGAUCAAAGGUCGUGAGUACCACAAAAAUGACCCAGCUGUCACUGUCGAUUACAACACUGCUGACCCUGUAGUUCGCUGGGAUUCAUACGAAAACUUGAACCAGCGAUACCAGGACAAUCUUGAGGAUAUUGCCCACACAAGAGGUCCUCUCGAUGGCAGUCUCUAUGCGCAGAUAAAGAAGCGACGGGGUCCAAGUUCUGGCUCUCUUUCUUCAACCAAUGGCAGCAGCCCUGGAGCAGAGGAUAGACCCGAUCAAUUCCUCUCUCAUCGCUCUGAUUCCGCUCUUUCGGCACACUCUAGCCCUUUCAUCCAAUCCUCCAUCCAUCCCGAUCUCCAUGAAGAGACAUUACGUCCACCGCCUCCGACCAGGCAAGAACGAGAGGAGCUUGAGCGUCUUCUUGGAGGCAUUGAGGGAAGGAGGGAUGCCGAGCGAGAGACGGCCAUUCUGGAUGACGGUGAUUCGUCACCUUCGGAACAAACCGGGACGCUGAGGCUCAGCCGGUCCUGUUCCUGCCGAGAUGGAUACAGGUCCCAGCGCUGCGCAGAACCCGGGUGUGACCGCACCCUCCUAAUGCCAAACGGUUACUGCCUUGACCGAGCUCCUGGUACCAAUGGGCACCAUGGCGCGACUCCUCCUAUUUCCAACUCAACUGCUCCUCCCUCUCACAUGGACCUGUGCCAGCACUACAGUCCACACCCCCACCAGUCCCUCCCACCACCAGACUUGGUGUGGGAUCGCCAGAGCAACCAGCAACACUGCCUGCACCGCUCCUGCUCGGAAGCUACCUCGUCACGUCAUCUCUGCCCCUACCCUUCACUUGACCUUCACAAUCAUUCUCAUUAUCCGCUGUCUGCACCAGGUCGGCUCUGCUGCCGAGAGGAUGAUUAUAGUCCCUACCAUCUUCCUCCUCUUGCUCACAGCCACCACCAUCCCCACCCUCACCACCCCAAAUCCUCCACCAGUCCACCCUAUCAAGAAGUAAUGCUAAUGGAAGGUCUGCCGCCCCCUGGCUGCUCUUGCAGGGACUGCAGCAUCAGGAGAGAAGAGGCGUCGGCAGCCUAUCACAGCCUGAGGCUUGAUCGGGGCGACGCCUAUCACUGGGACAGAGAGGCUGAGCUUCAACAGACGGGGUUACGAAGACCCAGGGAGGCAGAAUUAGCUCGAGGAGGAUCAGAGAGUCAUUGGGAGAGGCGUGGCAGAGAGUUCUCCCUUCCUUGGGAGCGAGACAGAGAGGAGCUCCAAUGGGAGAGAGAGAGAGAGGCGGAUUAUUGGCACAAGAGGGAUACCAUGGCCUCCUAUGGGCCACAGGGUCACAAUCUCCCUGCCUUCAACUUUGACCCUUUGCCAUCAUGUCAUCCUGCCUAUCCAGAGGCGUCACGGUCCCACGCUCAUUCCCACCUUGACCUCAAGUACAGCAGCAGUAGCAGCGGCUACCAAACACCCCGGCAGGCGUGCCUCUGCUCACCGUACCAGCCGUCGCCGUCUGAAAGCAGGGGCUACGCCUCAGGCUACCAGUCUGAGUCCACUUCGCCGUUGCCACCUGCGUCCUCCAUGAUGGGGCCCUGUAGCCAUAGCAACGGGUCAUCUGAACAUAAUCACACUCACCACCGUCACCAUCGAGACACACAACACAACUCUGACUCAAACACUGAUGUCAUUCGUAACUCUGGUGAAAGCGUGGGCUGGAGGGACCACAUCACCAACGGCUCCUUUAAAAGGGGUCACAGAGAGCGACACGGUGCGUGUUCUACUCCAUCAGACAUGUCUGGACCGUCCACUCCCGUCCAUACCAGCAGUCCUCUACGUACACAGGAAAGUCCCAGUCCAGGGAGAGAGUACGGGAUCCGGAAAACAGUCACCAAUGACCACGAGGCAUCACAGCCCCAGGAUGGGCACUACUCUUCUGGUAACGUCAUCCCGGAGUCCACGGAGAUCUCCAGAAGCACCUCACCAAUGAAAAGCCAACCGUCAAACACAACCUCACUCACUCAAACAAACACGCACAACCACUGCACUGCACCAACUGUUCCAACUUCGACAACCGCCCCGUCGCAGCAGCACUGUAACCACGGUGCACCAUCAUCAACACAAAACACUUGUUUGGACUCUGUGACGACAACCGCGUCAAACCAGGGAUCCCUCCACCCCUCUUCAUCUGCACUGCAAACCUCACCUGCACCAGCCCACCACCCCCAACAACCCACUUUGGAUACCUCCCAUCCGUCUGAGGCUGCCACGGUGCCUUCCCCAUCGACUCAGGCGGUGUGUCAUCCUCCGAGCCAGACCCAGGCCACCAACUCGGUAGCCAGCCCCUCGUCGCAGGUUAAUGGAUGCUCUUCCCCAACUAGGAGUUCUCUCCCUGAAGCCCUCAAACAUAGCAGCAGCUGUACAACUUCCCACACAAUGCCAACCCCUGCACCGUCUUCCAUCCUGUCCACAUCCAACGACACGGAGGGAUCCCCCAUUUCAGAUAGCCCCGUUCCCGGCUUUGCCACUCUGGGUAGGAAGUUGAUGAUGAGCGGCUCUGACCUCCACAAUCGCAACCACAUUCCUGUCCAGCACGGACCCCCUCACCAUCCCUACCCAGGAAAUGAGCACAAUCCAGCUAUAGACAUCAAUAAGAGGCACUACAACUCCGUUCACCCCCCACAACUUCAUCAAAUAUCCGUCUCCAACUAUUCCACCAUCUCCAUCCCGCUUCCUCACCCACAGCCGCCCCUACCGGAGAAACGCCACGCUCAACCCUGGUCACCCACUGAAGAAGGGCAGGCUCCGAAAGCAAGUGUGAGCCACUCUGGCAACACUCCGCAUCAGCACCAUGUCACCUUCUCACCCACCGUAGGGGAAAUUGCGCCUAGUGAACACCAAAAUGAUGUUGGGUCUGAAGACCAUGAGAUUGGAAACAGAGUCAGUGUGAAGUUUGUCCAGGACAGUUCAAGGUUCUGGUAUAAGCCAGGCAUCUCUAGAGAACAAGCAAUUGUUGCUUUGAAAGAGAGAGAGCCCGGGACCUUUCUGAUCAGGGAUAGUAAUUCCUUCCAAGGGGCCUACGGCCUGGCACUGAAGGUGGCAACACCUCCUCCUAAUGUCAGCCAGCAUAGCAGCAAAGCAGGCGACCCUCUGGAACAUUUGGUGAGGCACUUCCUCAUAGAAACAGGCCCUCGAGGAGUCAAGAUUAAAGGCUGUCAGAACGAGCCCUACUUUGGGAGUCUUUCUGCAUUAGUCUAUCAACACUCCAUCACACCGAUCUCUUUGCCCUGUGCUCUGAAGAUCCUUGAAAAAGAUCUGAUAGGAGAUGUGCCAGAGGUUCAGCCUGUUAGUAACAUCAGCACUGCCGCUGACCUGCUCAAACAAGGAGCAGCCUGUAAUGUCCUCUACCUGAACUCCGUGGAAACUGAAUCUCUGACUGGCCCUCAGGCCAUUGCCAAAGCAACAGACGCCACACUUGGUCGCAACCCGCGUUCCGCUGCCACCGUUGUCCAGUUCAAAGUGACGUCGCAGGGCAUCACAUUGACCGACAGCCAGCGCAGGGUUUUCUUCCGCAGACAUUAUGCAGUGAACAGCGUAACCUUCAGUAGCCUUGACCCAAAGGACAGGAGGUGGACUAACUCAGACAACACAACUGUUAAAGUUUUCGGUUUCGUAGCCAAGAAACCGGGCAGCUUGGCGGAGAACGUCUGCCACCUGUUUGCCGAGCUGGACCCGGAACAACCAGCCUGUGCCAUCGUCAACUUCAUCAACAAGGUCAUGUUGUCACAGCGCCGGUAGAGAGGAACUGCUUUUGUUGUGAGCUUGAGUCCUAACCCUUGUGUUGGGAUUCGCUCGUGAGGGAGCUAAUCGGACUCGAGGGCAUGUGACAUUUUCUCACCAAAAUGAAGUAUGUUGUUUCUCGAUUCUAAAGGGACGAGUAACCUGCAAAAGCAUUUGAUCUGACGCACCUUGCAAUUCUAAACAAACAAACAAACAAACAAACAAACAAACAAAUAAAC